AUGACGGGGCGUGGCCUGAGCGCGGGCGAUAGAGGCUUGGAGCGAACCGCCGGCGGCGGCAUAGGUGUCUAUGCUAACAAACGGAGCACCUCAUCGCGUCAUCUACAACCCAUGCUAACGUCUAUACUGGCUGCUUUGGCAGCUGCUCUCAGUUCAUGGAGCAUCUCAGCCGCUCCGGUCACGGAAAGGUCAUUCGUGGAAUUUCCGGAUCAGAUGAACAAUGGAACUGUGUAUUCCAUCAGCCCAUUCUCACCGAAAGUCUUCGUACGAACUGAUGAAUUCGAAUUGAAUUUUAAAUCAUGUAUUGAAUUCUCUUACAAGCUUAUGGAGAACAAAGUUCGUCUUCGUGCCUACACCUGCUUGCUGUCCGAGGGCGGUUUCUGUACCCUCGACAAAUUCGCUUAUCCAAAAGACAAGGAAGGAUGUGCCUAUCUACGUCCAUGGCUUUAUGCACACGACAGGUACUCGUUCUAUUUUGCACUAGAACGUCGUCCACGAAGGUAUCGAAUCGGUAAAAAGAAACCAACUCGAAUGUGGAAACGAAAUGGCCAACUAUCGGCCACUCCUUUUGGUCAACUUGAACUUAAAGGAAUCGUACCAUGUGAUCAGGUGUGUGGCAAAAAUACCGUCGAUAAUCGUACCGGUGGUUAA